AUGGGGAAUUGCUUAGUCCUGCAGGAAAAGCUUAUCAAGGUCAUGAAACCAGAUGGGAAGAUCCUUGAAUAUAAAGCACCGAUCAGAGUUCAGCAAGUUCUAUCAGAUUUUUCUGGUCAUGCAAUAUCUGAUUCACUUCAGGCUUUUCAGCAUCUCCUGCCAGAUACCAAAUUGCUUGGUGGUAACUUGUACUAUCUUGUACCUCUUCCUUUGCCAUCCCCAAAAGCUAAGAAGAAAGUAAGAUUUUCAAUUCCAGAAGAUGAAGAUAAGAAAGAAAACAGAGUAGUAAGAAUCAAGUUGGUCAUCAGUAAGCAAGAACUGCAAGAAAUGCUACAGACGGAAGGAGUUUCAGUUGAUUCUAUGAUUUCUCAGCUUCAGGAUCAACAGAGAGUAGAAACAGUCGAUACAUCAGAAGAUAAAGGUUACCGGAAGCCUGUAUUGGAAAGCAUACCUGAAAUAGACCAGUAA